GGAGCUAAUUAACAGUCUCGGAAAACUAUGAUGAGUUCCUUCAUCACCAAAAUUAAGGAGCGGAUCAUAGACGCAGUCCAUCCUAAGUCCAGGAAGGAUACGUCUACGACCCGCUCUCGAAACCCAACCUCGCCGGCAAGCCGCCGCCGGAGCACAAGGAAAAGUGCCGCAUCUCCUAGGACGAAGCCUUCUACGAGCUCUCAAGAUGAUUCUACCUCGCCGGCAGGAAAGGCGUUGGCUUUGGAUGACCUUUCAGUGUCUAGAAGCGAACGAAUCGGAAAUCCAAGGACGGAGGCUUGUAAUUCGUGGCCAACAGAAAAAGUUGUUGAUCCAUGGAGAAGCGGCGGCCGAAUUAUGAGCGACAGUGCUACAACUUCGAGUUUCGUUAUAAACUUCAACGGCGGUUCCCAGUUAAGCACCUCAUCCUCGGAAUCACGGUGGAGAAAUCCGUUUUCGCGUCUCCAGGAGAACCUGCUCCCUGAGCAGCCUAACAUCUUCGACUUCUCCGAAAUCCGCUCCGCCACGGGCGAUUUCUCCCUCAAGCCUUUCUCAUCUUCCUCCUCUUCCAUCUCGUGGCGGUGUACGAUUCGAGACCGGAACGUCGUCGUGACUCAGAGGAAGUUCCGCCGUCCGAUCGAAACUCCGGAGCUCAUCCAUCGGGUGGCGAUGAUCUGCAGGAGCCACCACUCGAGUUUGAUCCCACUCAAGGGAGUCUCCAUUUCUGGGGAUUAUAUUUACUUCGUUUACGAGUUUAUUCACGGCGUGAAUCUUCGUGAUGCUCUGAGAAACCCGCGAAACCCUAAUUUCACCGUGCUUUCGAGCUGGAUGUCGAGACUUCAGAUAGUCUCGGAUGUUGCUUCUGGGAUUGAUUACAUCCAUAAUUAUACGGGUUUAGGUUAUGAAUUUGUUCACAAUCAUAUAAAGGGCUCCAGCAUUAUAGUCAUCGAACCCAUGCUGAGCGCGAAAAUUUGCCACUUUGCUAUGGCGGAGCUUUGCGGUGAGACCGCGAAAAGAAAUGUUGAAUCCGAGGUGAAGUUGAAGCGUGCGAGCAGUAAAAUGUUGAAGCUUGAAGGUACGAGAGGGUACAUGGCGCCGGAAUUUCAGUUCUCCGGGGCAGUGACGCAGAAAUCUGACGUGUACGCGUUCGGGGUGGUGGUGCUAGAGUUGGUAUCGGGACAGGAGUCUUUGAAGUACGUGUUCGACGAGGAGAGAGACGAAUAUGUAAGAACUUCGGUGAUCUCGGCGGCGAGAGCGGCGGUGGGCAGCUUCGGAGGGGUGAGAGGAUGGGUUGACAAGCGGCUGAGGGAUUCGUACCCGGUGGAAGUGGCGGAGAAGCUGGUACGCCUUGCACUAGAUUGCGUGGAGGAUGACCCGAACCAUAGACCGGAUAUGGGCCAUGUAUCGGGUCAUAUCUCGCAGAUGUAUUUGGAGUCCCAAACUUGGGCUGAGAAUGUCGGUCUGCCUAUUGACUUUACUGUGUCUCUUGGGCCCCGAUGACAUCACUUUGUUGGAUAGCUGAUUGAAACUUUUCAAUAUUCAUUUAAGAGAAGACUUUUAUCUUCA